AUGCAUCUCACAUUUACAGUAUUUUGCCUUUUGAUCGCUCAUGUCAUCUGCUAUCCAUCAGUACGGAAUGUGGAAGUUGAUGACGACAAAAAUAACGAAGAUCUACAAUUAGAACUUCGUUCAAUUCUGAAUUAUCUUGACAAUGAAGAAGCCGAACGAUCAAUUUCAUCAAGUCAAAGCGAUUCGAGCGAAGAUGACGGUGUAUUCACCAAACGAAAAGAUAAUUACAAUGUAAUCAAUCCAGAAUUAAAAUGUGGAAUCGAAUGUGUCGGAAAAUUACGAAAUCCUGAAACAGGAAAAGGCUUGUCAGUUGGCGAAGCCACCAAAGCUUGCAACAAAAUUUGCGGUGAUUUAUUCAGACAUAAAUAA